GCUGGAAUAGCGUCCCAUAAAGGCGAGUGACGGUUGGCUGUAGAGCAGGAGGGCAGCGUUAGCUGAAUGUUUAAUAUAGCGCUAUUAUUAUUGUUUUCUGGAUGUUUAUGGUUCAUAAAUCGUGUGAAUAAACGUGGGCAAUAUAUUCGGAGAGGCUGGUUUGAAGUUGCAGUCUGGCACUCUUGAUGCGCAUUUCAGUCUGACCAGUCAGUCCAAACGGCGAGGCUGGAUGUGUGAACACAGCCCACCAUGUGCAGUCAGCGAUAACUCAGAACGGAAGAGGAAACCACAGAGUAUCAUCAUUUUCUCUUAAUAGGACUUCGAUCAGGACAUCUCUCAGAAGGUCUUCAGUGAGGUGUCUCAGUUUUGGAAUUGACAGCUUUGAUGCAGCACAGUGUUGAAGACAGUCCAAGAUGACGGAAGAGGUGAUUGUCAUUGCCAAGUUUGAUUACAUGGCCCAGCAGGACCAGGAGCUGGACAUUAAGAAGAAUGAGCGUCUCUGGCUCCUGGACGACUCCAAGUCCUGGUGGAGGGUCCGCAACGCUACCAACAAGACCGGCUUCGUCCCGUCAAACUACGUGGAGAGGAAAAACAGCGCCAGGAAAGCCUCUAUCGUCAAGAACCUCAAAGACACUCUAGGGAUCGGGAAGGUAAAGCGGAAAACAGGGAUGCGGGAAACGGCAUCAAGCGCGGAUGCGGACUUCUACGCAGACAACGGUGAGCGGCUGUACGACUUGAACCUUCCGGCGCUGGUGAAAUUUAACUACACGGCCGAGCGGGAGGAUGAGCUCUCCCUUGUUAAGGGCACCCGGGUCAUCGUAAUGGAGAAGUGCAGCGAUGGCUGGUGGAGAGGCAGCUACAACGGCCGCUCGGGCUGGUUCCCCUCAAACUACGUGACCGAGGACGCAGACGGAUCAGCCAGUGGAGAAAUGGGCUUAUCUGAGAAGCUAGCCGCCGUAGUCCACAGCACCAAUGGGAACAGAGUACUGCACACGGUCCAGGCGCUCUACCCCUUCAGCUCGGGAAACGACGAGGAGCUGAACUUUGAGAAGGGCGAGGUGAUGGAGGUUCUGGAGAAGCCAGAAAACGACCCAGAGUGGUGGAAGUGCCGCAAAGCCGACGGGCAGGUCGGCUUAGUGCCCAAGAACUACGUGACUGUGCUGCAAGAGUCACAAAACUCCAGCAGCAUGGCUGGACCUCCCACACCCGACUGUGAUUACAUCGAGCCCUCGAUGAGCGGCCGUUUCGCUGGCAAAGAGUGGUACUACGGCAAGGUGACCCGCCACCAGGCGGAGGUGGCUCUGAACCAGAGGGGCACAGAGGGAGACUUCCUUAUUAGAGACAGCGAGUCUUCGCCCAACGACUUCUCCAUAUCGCUGAAGGCCCAGGCCAAAAACAAGCAUUUCAAAGUGCAGUUGAAGGACAACCUGUACUGCAUCGGACAGCGCAAGUUCGGCUCCAUGGAGGAGCUGGUGGAACACUACAAAAAGGCGCCCAUCUUCACCAGCGAGCAGGGCGACAAACUUUACCUGAUCAAGGCCCUGGCCGCCUCCUGAUGCGGAGCGAGAGCCGGAGCGGAAAUCUAGAACCACGUGGCGGGACUGAGAGAGACUUGUGGGGGGAAAUAAAGCAUUCCGACAGUGGAGAAAGGGAAAGCGAGAGAAGGGGCUACGGACUCCCGUUUUCAUGCUCAGAGACGAUUUUAUGGUCAGACACUUCCAUGUAUCGAAAUACGAUUAUGUAUAGGGCAUAGGUGAUGUAUUUUGAUGUCGACAUGUAUUAGAGUUACAUCUAGGUUUUCUUUUUGUUGCUAUAUAGCCUCUCUUUUUUUUUUUUUUUUUUAACAGUUCUUUUAGUAAAUGUGUCUGUCGAUUUCAAAAUUAUCCAGCAGCCGUUUGGAUCUUGACCCUUGUUGCUGAAUUCCAGAAAACUGAGAACAUGCGUUGCACGGUGUCCAAGGUUUUGUGCUGCAAGGUAUUGCUCGUGUUCUAAUCACAGCGCUUGAAUAACACAACGCAGUGAGCUGAUUUGACUUGAUUAUUCUAUUUAUAGGGAUACGACAAUUCUGAAAAUAAACAAAUAUAUAAAAAUAAAAGUGAGUGACCAAAAAAGCUGGUGACGCGGAAAAAAGUAGGCGGCUGUUCUGGGCUGAACGUUUACGGAUAACGUCAGGAGAGACAGCUGUUUUGAUGGAUGUUGCUGAGCAUUGUUCAGCAGCUUAGCAGCUUUGCAGGAUGUCGUAGUGGCUGCAUGCUUCCUGCUCACGUGUCUGCUCAUCGUGGUCUGCGGAAGAAGAGGAGGGGGAUGGGAAGACUGCUUUAUAUACUCUUCAUAAUGUUAGUCCUGCUCUGAAAGAUUCUGGUUCUGGUUCUGAAUCUAGAACCCUUGUUUUUGGUCUGUUCUCAUAGUCUACUCUCACUUUAACUCACUCAGUGUAACAAACACCUCUGUGGCUCAGCGCAUGUGUGUUUUGCUCUGUAUUGUUGGAGAUAUUAAUUAAUUAAUGUCUGUACCAUGUUAAUGAUGAUGAUGGUGGCGGUGGUGGCAUCUUCAGCACCUUCUCUGGAGCGAAAAGGUGCUGGAUUACAGUGUCUUAGUGGAUUUAAACAUUAUUUCACACCAGUGGUGGCCUCGUGGGCCUUGUUGAAGAUAUCGCUCAUCCAGAAGAUCCUCAGACCUGCCUCUGGGGCUCUGAUCUCUGAGGCUUUCUCAGAGGUUAUUUGAUGGAACAGGUGUUUAGUGUGUGUGUGUUGUAACUGUUAUCAGUGGUGGCAGUGUGCAUUGCAUCGAAGCUUCUUCACAAGCCAGGUGUUCUUCACACAAGUCACUCACUUUGUCGCCUUGUUUGUCGUCGCUCGUUGCUUGUGUCGUUGGUGAACGAGGCCAAAAUGAGGUCAGAUUGAGAUUGAGAAGUGGUGUUUGGAAGCUGAGGAAGAUGAGAAAGAUUGAAUUGUUGUAAGAGUUAGUCAGAGAGAGAGAGAAGGAGAGAGAGAGAGAGAGACAGAGAAAGAGAAAGAGGCAGUGCUGAGAACUGUGUUGGAUGAAAUGUGGUGAAAGGAAAGGCGACCAGGUGUGAAUCGUUUGUGAAUCGUGAAUCAUGAAUCACUAAUCAUGAAUCGUGAAUUGUAUACAUCGAUACAUUAUGACUCAACGCUGCUGGUUCCUGUUAUUCUUCAGCUGGUUGAUGAACUGAUUGAUGGAGGAUGUUGAGAUGUUCCAGCGCAGGCCUGGUGCCAAUAUGUAAAACUGCACUGCGAGAUAAGAGGAUGUUUGUGUAUGGAGUAAAGAUUUGGAUGGGGCAGCGGUUCGAGGGCUGCUGGAGUGGACAGAGCUGCUUCAGGCCUGGGGAAGAUCACCCCUCGCUGAUUAGUUCCCCAGCUGUGGAGAGGGAGUUGGACUGGGGCAAGAGUGAGCGAGGAACGGGGGAUUUUUCAGGGAGUGUAUGGAAAAAGUGCUCUCACAUACACUCAUACACUCGUAAACACUCUUACACACUCUUACACAUUCAUAGAGACGUGCAGAAUUGUGAGUCAAGGGUGACUAAGGACAUUUACAGUGAAAUCUGAUCUGGUAUAUCUAAAAAUAAUAUAUCUAAAAGAGAUAAAAAUAUAAAAGAAAAAAAUAUAUAUGUAAAAAUAAUAAUAAAAAAAAAUCAUCAAAUGGCGCAACUCCAUAUAAAUGGGGAUACAAGCAAAUGAAUAUAAUGUCCAAGUGAAAAUGGAAAUAAAUACAGUGUGGAAUACAGUAUAUGGUGGUCUCCUAGCUUCUACAUGAUGACUUAGUCGUGGAGUGUUUAUAUGUGUUAAAUAAAAGAAAGAAAAAGAAAGAAAGAAAAAUACAAGAAAUACAACAAAAAAGUGCCUUAGUUGCUGCUGCUCCUACCAAAAGUUUAGCCUCCUCCAUACUUGUGUCUAUCUUCCUACGUCUGUCCCGGCUGACCACGCGUUUCGUUUCUUUUCUUUUCGUUAUUUGAGUAUCGCUUUGCAUGUGCGCAAUCUGUCCCCAACGCCGUUUCUUUUCAGCGGAGGAAUAGCGUCCGGCUCCUGCCCGCUUCCCUGUGGAAACUGAUCUCACUGUUAAGCCCUGUGUUGAUUUUAUGUCGAUUCGCAGUGUUGAUAAGCAUCUGACAGUUUGACUCAUUUGUAUAGCCUAGUAUGAAGUGACCUUACCGUACAGCCGUAUCACUCAUCACGGUUGGCGGUUGAUGUUCUGUGGUGGAUGGCCUGUGUUUUGGACGACCUAGUCUGUACAGUUUGUUAUUUAGGCUUAUCUGGAGCUGCUUUUGUCUGUAAAAGUGGGUCUUUCGUCUAUGUACGCUCUUAAAAAUGAGGAUGCUACAGGGCUUAAGGGUUCAUUAAGUGAUGCCAUAGAACAUAACAUUUGAGAAAAAGAAAAAAAAAACUCCAAAGAGCCAUGUUUUAUUUGCCAAAGUCAUGGGGUAGCAGAUUUUUAUCCUAUUUUCUCCCCAUUUUACAAGGCCAAACACUCAUUAGGACUCCCCCUAUCAUUAGUGAUACCCCAACACCAGGAGGGUAAAGACUAGCACAUGCACAUGCCUCCUCCGACACAUGGAAGGCGGUGCUGCGACUCGGUUUCUAUACAUCAGCUCACAGACGCCAAGAAAUCAAUAUUUGGUGGGAUUAACCCUGGUUUUUAGUCACAGUUUUCAUGUAUCUUGGCGUGUUCUCCUCCACCAGUCUUACACACUGCUUUUGGAUAACUUUAUGCCUUUACUCCUGGUGCAAAAAUUCAAGCAGUUCAGUUUGGUUUGAUGGCUUGUGAUCAUCCAUCUUCCUCUUGAUUAUAUUCCAGAGGUUUUCAAUUUGGUAAAAUCAAAGAAACUCAUCAUUUUUAGGUGGUCUCUUAAUUUUUUCCAGAACUGUAUCAAAUACCUUUGUUUUUGAAAGAGAGUGUGAUGUACUUGAAGUUCUUUAUCAAAUUAAAGCUUCUUUCAAAGUUGCAUCUCUUUAAUAAAGAAAAAAAAUCUUUAUAUAAUGAGAAAUGAAAGAGAUGCAAAGUCAAUGUAAACUGGUUCUUCAAAAAAAAAAUUUUUUCCACAAACAAAUACUUUUAACACCUUUAUUUUUAUUUUUUCUUCAUGCCAUCAGCUUUCAUUCAGUGAUUAUUUGCAGAGUAAGGUAGUUAAAGGUUCAUCUAUGGCAUUGCUUAAAAAGAACCCUUUGUAACACCCUUAUUUUAGAAGAGAUUUGUGUGUUUAAUGAGCUGAAUGUCCUCAACUGAAAGGUUUUUCACACUUACAUCUCUUUUACAAAUAGGGUUAUUUAUGGAACCAAGAAUGAUGAGCUCAGAGAACCCUCUGUAACAACAUUAUAACAUUUCCAAAUGUUUAAAGAAGUUGAUAUAAAGGCUGUUAACGAAUUCAGUUUAAUAGCACAUCUUCACAUUGACAUCUUGUUUAAAAAAAAAUUCUUUGUGGAAGGUUCAUGGAGAAUGUGGUUCUUUUGUGGUGUCUAUCUAAUAACCAUUUAUUAAGAGGAAAAAUCCCUUUUUUUAAGAGCAUUCACAUUUAGAUCUUUUUUUUUUGCGCUUAGCUGCAUUUACAGGCGUUAUCGGGACCUUAUCCACUUGGUUCUUAAGUAAUGUUUGGGAACAGCAGUGAGAGGAUAUUUAACAGUGUAUGAUUUAUUAUUUUUUAAUGGUCUUCAAUGUCCACUUUUACUUUUUCUGCACCUUUCUGAAGUGUUGUCCACAUGUACAUUCAGCGCAGCCCUGCAGCAGGUUAAAAAGCACGGCUGUGUUGCUGUGUGAAUACGGACGGACACUGUAAAUCAUCCCUUUCAUCUCUGAUUUCAGGAUGGACGGUAAAUGAACGCAGUUGGCUGGUGCGCUCAGUUUUAUCGUCACUUUAAACUUGGCUUCUUUCCCUGUUUGUCUAACAGCAGCAACUGGAAUGGUGAGUCCCUAUCUGACCUGGGAUCAGUUUCUUGUACUAUAAACGCAGUUGCAUGGAGGCAAGUGGCAACUGAUCACGGUUCAACCAAUACCCAAAUGUUUCCCCCAUUAGUCAACCAAUGGAAUUGGAGCCACCAGCCACUCCAGAAAGAGCCCCUCCUUAAAUCAUUGGAUGGUGAAUCAGUGGAAGACUGGGCAGGCCCAAGCAUGAACGUCCCACCUCCAUCAUAUCACAUAUAUUUCUAAUCUUUAGCCUUUUCUUUUUCUGAGAGAUUAAUUAUUACUGACCCUGAACCUGUGUGGAGGGGCGGCGUGUCAGACAGAGGGGUGAUGUUGAGGAAUUCUGGGCCAGACGAUGCUGUGAAAAUGACUGUACUUAUAUGCUCACUAUCUACAUGGAACUAAAACUCCUCUUCGUAUCUAAUAGAAGUUUAUUAGACUGUUCAAAGGAAGUAAUAAAGUACAUAAACCAA